AGUUUGAGAAGUCGUGUCCAUCGGUGUGUGUGUGUGUUUGGCACUCUGAGCGACCCACAACGUGUGCUUGAAAAAGGCUUCGAAAGAACCCUGCAGGGGUACGAAGCGUCAUCCCUAGAAAAGGAGUAAUAAGAGAACGUCACUCCUCAUUCGUGUUGGCUGCUUCUGCUGAUUUCUUUCUUUGUUGGCCUUCGCCCUCCAGCUUCUCUGCUCUUGGGCCUCAUCAGCAUCUCGCGUACCCGCCGACGCAGACGUAGCUCACCCCCUCCUCCUUUUCCUUUUUUUGGCGACAUGAGCGCAUCGCUCGGCAAGGCGCUGCAGCGCUCGAAGCGUGCGGCGGAGCUGGUGGGCCGGCGUCACUACCGCGACGCAAUCGAAGAAGAGCGCAACGCCGCUCUCAACGCGGAGCUGCGACAGCAGGAGGCCGGCAGCACCAAAACCCAGCUGAAGUCCAUCUGGGAGACGAACGAUCUUGACGACUUCCUCGCCAUCGCCGACGCACGCGAGGAGGGCUACUUUGCCGAGCGCGACGUCCGCGUCGUGAUCGGAGGUCGUGUGCACGUGGUCCAGCAGGACAAGGUGGUGCCGCAGCAGAUGCCGAACGACGACGCCCACGUUGAUUGGCUGAAGCUGAGCGAGUCCCUCACCAUCCCGCGCCGCCCGCAGUGGGAUUACGCCAUGUCCGCCGACGACGUGCAGGUCGCGGAGAAGGCGGCCUUCGUCGACUGGCGUCGCUCCCUCGCGAUGUUGGAGGAGGAGCACAAAGUUCUGCUCACGCCGUACGAGCGCAACUUGGAGGUGUGGCGGCAGCUGUGGCGCGUCGUGGAGCGCGCUGACGUCGUGUCGGUCAUCCUCGACGCGCGCAACCCGCUGAUGUUCCGCUGCACUGACUUUGAAAAGUACGUCCAGGGCACCCGCAACAGCGCCGGCGAACCGAAGAAGGUCGUGCUGCUGCUGAACAAGUCAGACUUGCUGACCGAAGCGCAGCGGCGCGAGUGGGCGGCGUACUUUGAGUCACGCGGCGACACCUUCUUCUUCUUUUCCGCGCGGCCGCUGGAGGCCCUCGGCGAGGAGGGCGGCAUCGCUUCGUCACCGGCGCUGGCCGGAGAUCCGCAGAAGGAAGGGAGCGCGACAGCGGCGGAUGACGAGACAGGGAAGGAGGAUGAGGACGAGGAGACGGAGCCGCCGCUGACGGCCGCGCAGGAGCGUGCGGCGCUGGACCCGCUGAUGAAGCACAAAAAGGAAAAGUCGCGGCACAAGAAGAAGGCGCUGCGGGCGCCGGUCGAGGUGGCCAAUCCGUACGAGCUGGCAGCGAAGCGGCAGGCGUUGAAGGAGCAGGCGAACGCCCCGAAGGUGAAGGUGGAGAAGCCGCUGACGGAGGAGGAGCUCGCCCGCAAUGCGCGGGCCGCCACAGCAGCCGCCACUCACCAGCCCUGGGACGUCCUGGAUCCGGUGCAGCUGCUGGACAAAUUUGCGCUGAUGCGUGCAAAGGCGGGCGUGACGGACGAGAACACCCCACUCAUGAUUGGGCUCGUGGGGUACCCGAACGUGGGCAAGUCCUCCACCAUCAACGCCAUUAUCGGCUGCAAGAAGGUCGUCGUCAGCGCCACACCUGGCAAGACGAAGCACUUCCAGACGCUGCCGAUCCCGAACGAGCGCCGGGUGGCGCUGUGCGACUGUCCGGGUUUGGUCUUCCCUUCCUUCGCCACCACGAAGGCGCAGAUGGUGUGCGAUGGCAUCUUACCGGUCGACACCGCCACCGACACGCUCGAGGCGGUGGCGACGAUCUGUCGGCGCAUGACACGCGAGGUGCUCGAGGCGGAGAUGAACGUGUCGCUUUUGCGCGAGGACGAUGUCGACUCGAGCGAGUCCCUCGCGGAGCGGCUGCUGAAUGCGGUGGCGCGGCGCCGCGGGUACAUGGCCUCGCACGACCGGCCCAACAAGGCACGUGCCGGCAAGGAGCUGCUGAAGCUGUACGUUGACGGCUACUUCGUGUACGCGGAGCCGCCGCCAACGUAUCGGCCCAGUGCAGAUGCGCUGUCGGUUGCGGCGUACGUGGAGAAGCACGCCGCCGCCGCAACUGCACAGCACCACCGUCGCAGUGACGCUGACGAAGUAGCAGGUGAUGGAGACGAUGAGGAAGAAUGGGAGGACGACGGCGAGGAGCUGAACAGCGAGGAGGAGGAAGCGUGGGCCGACCUCGACAACGCCGACGAUGCGCGCGCGCUGAGCGAGCCCGGUGAUGACGACAACUUGUCGAUCGACAUGGAUCUCGAGGAGGCCGCGCCGCCCAUGUUCUACGCACGCCCGCACGCCCUGCGGCACACAUUGACCCGCUAUGAACUCUUCAAUUUGGAGGCGAAUGAGGCGCGUAUGGAGGCCCUGCGCCGCGUGGAGCGUCGCCGCAAGCGGCGGACGAACCACCAGCUGGAGCCGGACAUGUACACCUUCGUGAACCGACAAGGCGAGGUGGAGCUGCGCCUGGACGACGACGAUGGCGUGUUGGAGUUGGUGACUCCCACCGGUGGCCCAGUGCGACCCGCCACUAAAGCAAAGACGAAGUCGAAGCGGCAACAGCGGCGGGAGAUGAAGGGGAUGGGCAUGGGCCCGCAGAACCGCUACGGCCAGCGCAAGGGAGUGCAGGACUACUAA